CUUAUACUCUCAAGCAUUUGGUUGUCAGCAGUCAGGUAUAUGGUUUAGUACUGAAUAUUUAAUUGAAAUGUUUAAAUAUUGCUGUCUCAUGACUGCAAAAAUGUAUGUAACAGUUGGGCAACAAAACUGCAGCGCUGUUCAGUUUUCACCCCUGACACCAUGUAACUGAAACAGGAAGCUGUGUUUCUUCAGUGCUACUUCCUUAACAAAAGUAGCCUGACAUUUCACUUCAGUUCUUUGUUGCUUUUUUGUUUGCUUGGGGGAAAGUGCAUAAUACAGGAGUGUUACAUCUGAGACUGUCUGCCAGGGUGGGAUUUCGAUUGUCACAGUGUCGACUUGCGAAGACGUUCACAAGAGACGAGUCAGAGCAGAGAGCAAGGCCAGGGCGCUCGUGUGGCUGAUGCGCUGCUAAAGAACAGCAGUUGGAUGAAGUGAUGGAAUGUGAGCAAUUUAAUGAGGGAGCUUUCCAAGGAGAAAGACGAAAGAUAAUCCAGCCUUCAUCUAUAAAUGAUCCCAAACUAGUGAAGCUUAAAGAGGUCUUGGUGGAAUGGAUAAACACCACUCUGAAGGAAGAACACAUUGUAGUCCAGACUCUGGAGGAAGACAUCUAUGAUGGACUUGUGAUUCAUCACCUAAUACGCAAGUUAGGAGGAGUGCAUUUACAAGUUGAGGAGAUCGCACUUACUACUGCUGCUCAGAUGUACAAACUGGAGCUGAUUCUACAGGCCCUCAAUCAGAAGCUAGAUUCUGGUGCUAAAGCAGACAGUACAGCUAAAUGGAGUUCUAAACUCAUUCAUAGUCGAGACCUGUUGUCCACUCUGCAUCUGCUGGUUGCCAUGGUGAAGUGCUACCAGCCUGAACUGGCCCUUCCCCAAAAUGUCACUGUGGAAGUCGUCCUGCUUGAGGUAAACAAAAGUGGCAUCAAGUCCGAAAAGCAGAUAGAAUACAUCACUUCACAAAGUGAGGAUACAGAAGAUUGUAAAAAAGAUGAUCCCAUAGAUGAGCUGCUUAAGCUUGAGACACACAAAAUUGCCACAGUCAAAAAGGCCCUCUUGCACUUUAUCAAUAAGAACAUGUCACCAUUAAGGUUGCAGGUGUCAGACAUGGAAAAACAGUUUGCAGACGGUGUGAUUCUGCUUUUGCUGAUUGGUGAGUUGGAGGGCUUCUUCAUUCCACUCUACGAGUUUUACCUCUCCCCUGCCAGCCAUUCAGAGAUGCUUCAUAAUGUCACCCUGGCUUUGGAUCUACUUAAUGACAGAGAAAUACAAGUACCAAAUGUUGGCCCAGAAGAUAUUGUGUCACAAGAUGAGUCGGCUACACUGAAAGUACUCUACGCCUUGUUUAAGAAACACAAGGACAAAUAAUCCCCUACAAGCCACAGCUACAGCCUUUGAUGAAAAUGACUUUAAAAGUCAUGGGAUAAGCUUUAAAUCCUCCUGGAGUGCAAUUUUGUAAUGAUACAGUAUAUACAUAGUCUCAAAAUUGUAAAAACAGCUCAUAGUCAUCUAGUUUAAUAAAAAUGAGUGAACACUGGAUUUCUCAGCCCAUUACACAGAUUGGCUGUGGAUAGUGGCAGCAUGGUGACCCCCCCCCCCUCUCCAUUUCUCCAUCCCUUGUCUUCCCACACACUCUUUAAUUGAAUGAGUGCCCUUGAGGUUGUCACUCAUUCUUAUAGACGGACUUCUUUAUGUCAUCUCUCUUCCUGUCAAAUAAAGACCUUUCCAUCAAAA